CAUCUUGAAUUUAAAGGGUCCGCAAAGAAAACAAACAGAGAUCAGCGGCGGCGGCGGCAGCGGAGGCAGCGGCUCCACCUCGACCCCGGGCUCCACCCGGCCCUUACACGCUGCACUCGGCAGGCUCCUGCGACAUGUCCACGAUGGUUUACCCAAGGGAUGAGAAGCUGGAGAAGCUGAGCCAGGAGGACAUCAUCUCCAACACCAAGCUGGUGAUGCAGGGGCUGGAGGCGCUGAAAAACGAGCACAACUCCAUCCUGCACAGCCUGAUGGAGACCAUCAAGUGUCUGAAGAAGGAUGAGGAGGCCAACCUGGUGCACGAGAAGUCCGGCCUGAUCCGCAAGUCUGUGGAGAUGAUCGAGCUGGGCCUGGGCGAGGCACAGGUAAUGAUGGCGCUCUCGGCCCACCUGAACGCAGUGGAGUCGGAGAAGCAGAAGCUGCGUGCGCAGGUUCGCCGCUUGUGCCAGGAGAACCAGUGGCUGCGGGAUGAGCUGGCUGGGACGCAGCAGAAGCUGCAGCGCAGCGAGCAGUCGGUGGCACAGCUGGACGAGGAGAAGAAGCACCUGGAGUUCAUGAACCAGCUGAAGAAAUACGACGACGACACCUCUCCCUCGGACGAGAAGGAGGGAGAUUCUUCCAGAGAUUCACUGGAUGACCUGUUCCCCGAGGAGGAGGAACACGGGCCUGGAACAGCAUCACACGCCCACGGCAGCAGUGCAGUGGCAGCGGCGCAGCAGUGCGGCUACGAGAUUCCUGCACGUCUGCGGACGCUGCACAACCUGGUGAUCCAGUACGCCUCGCAGGGCCGCUACGAGGUGGCCGUGCCGCUGUGUAAGCAGGCGCUGGAGGACCUGGAGAAAACCUCCGGCCAUGACCACCCCGACGUGGCCACCAUGCUCAAUAUCCUGGCACUGGUGUACAGGGACCAGAAUAAAUACAAGGAGGCUGCGCACCUCCUCAACGACGCACUGAAUAUCCGGGAGAAAACCCUGGGCAAGGAUCACCCGGCCGUAGCAGCCACCCUGAACAACCUGGCCGUCCUGCACGGCAAGAGGGGCAAGUACAAGGAGGCUGAGCCCCUGUGUAAGAGGGCGCUGGAGAUCCGCGAGAAGGUCCUGGGCCGAGACCACCCAGACGUGGCGAAGCAGCUGAACAACCUGGCGCUGCUUUGCCAGAACCAGGGCAAGUACGAGGAGGUGGAGUACUACUACCGGCGCGCCCUCGACAUCUACCAGAGUCGCCUCGGCAACGACGACCCCAAUGUGGCCAAGACCAAGAACAACCUGGCCUCCUGCUACCUGAAGCAAUGCAAGUACAAGGAGGCAGAGACCCUGUACAAGGACAUCCUGACCCGGGCCCACGAGAAGGAGUUUGGAUCAGUGAACGGAGAGAAUAAACCCAUCUGGAUGCACGCAGAGGAGCGGGAGGAGCUGAGCAAGGGCAAGCACAAGGACAGCGCGCCCUACGCCGAGUAUGGAGGCUGGUACAAGGCCUGCAAGGUCAACAGCCCCACAGUGAACACCACGCUGAGGAACCUGGGUGCUCUGUACCGACGUCAGGGCAAGCUGGAGGCUGCGGAGACCCUGGAGGAGUGUGCCACACGCUCCCGCAAACAGGGUCUGGAUCCCAUCCACCAGACCCGUGUGGUGGAGAUCCUGAAGGACGGUGAUGCGGUGGACCGGCGACGCAGCCUGGCCGGCAACCCGGUGAAGUACGAGGGGGGUUCAGUGGGCAGCGAGGAGGUCAGCGUGGGAGUGGAGUGGACCGGGGCCUAGUGAGCAGCCCCUGGCCCAGGGAGGAUGUUGUGGUGCCCAGCGACCCGCUCCCCCAUCGCCCCGCCUCUCUGCUGCUCCUCCUCUCUCGCCGCCCGGACUCUGCUUCUCCCCGACAACCCAGCGAGGGCCACGGACAGGCCCGCUCUCCAGAUCCCCCCGGCCUGGACCUCCACUCACACUCUGUGCUGCCCGGACCCCAGGGGGGCUCCCCCUGGCUGCUGCGUGUCUGGGGGGGGAGGGUGCUUGGGUCCGAUGGGGGUAGGGGUGCGGGUGGGAGGUGAGUGUUAUGACGGAGGGUGGGCUACCUCCCUGUGUUGGCAGUGUGAUCGCAUGUGUCCCGCAGUGUCCCAGAGCCCGGCUGGUCAGGGAAGCAGUUCCAUUUAGAGUCCCCACCACAGACCUGGAGCUAUGGCUGUGUUCCUUAACGGGGAGACCACUGCACUGCGCGGCAGCUCUCCCACCCUCAGCAAUCUCCACCCCAUGGCCAGUGAGCAGUGACCACCAGCUCCCAAUGUCAACCCCACCCCACACCACCUACUCCAUGUUGAACCCUGUCCUGUGAGUGUUCGACAGGACGAAGUAGAGGGAGCGUCACUCUGAGCCUAACCCCAGGAGAGUGUGAUGGGACAGUGUAGAGGGAGUGUCACUCUGUCUGACCCCGGGAGAGUGUAGAGGGAGCUUUGCUGCUCCAGGUUCCAGCAUCUGCAGUCUCUUGUGUCAAUACAUAGAAAGAAUCGGUCCCCACAGUGGAGACCCCCCCACAACUCACCCCCACUCCAGGCACCUUGUUUUCAAUGGGUUGCUCCAUAUUCAAAACUGUGCCCCCAGUUCCAGGAAAGCAAGGGCUUGCAGAUGCUGGUAAUCCGAUAUAAGUCGAGAGAAUACUGGAAUGUAGCAGGUCAGGCAGCAUUGGCAAGGAGAGAAACAGGGUUAAUGUUUCCGGUUUAUGGGCCUCAGCAGUGCGUGUGGAAGGUCGUUGACCUGAAAUAUUGGUCCUACUUCUCCCUUUGCAGAUGCAGCUCGACCUGCCCAAUGUUCCCUGCAUUAUCUGGAUUUAGCCCAGGUUCUGGAUUGCCCCUACCAGAAGAAACUUCUCUCAGCAUCCACCCUGCCCACCCUCCUUCAAUCACAUCUUCUUCCUCGACUCUGUGCAGUCAUGGAGUUGCCCGACAUGGGGACAGGCCAUUCGGCCCACACGUGCACGGCCCAGCCUCUUCCCACCUCGGCUGCUCUGUCGCCCCACCUUGUCUUUGAGGGCUCAGAGCGCACAGACUGGGAAUGGCACGGUGCACCCUCUGCAUGGAGGGGCAGGCAGCGGUGGUGAUGGAGAUCCCCUCCACUGAGGCCCUCCCAGGACCAGCGGAUACGGGUGGUGGGGCCGAAUGUUUCCGUGGCCCAGAGGACGGGCCUUUGGCCCAAGCAGACCGUUGUCUCACCCACAGCUGGUGAAGGGGGUAGGACUCCAACGUUCAGAAGGCUUUGGGACAGAUAUAGGACGGGAAGGGUUUAGGGGACUCGGCCAACUCACUCAGCAUGCACGAGGUGGGCCGAAGGGCCUGUUUCCACGCUGAAUAGCUCUCACUCUGAGGUGUACUGCAUGCUCAGGCCAAUGCUACACUGCCUGAGCUGUGUAUGAAGGCAGAGCUGCUGGCCGUGUGGGUGUAAACUGGCUCCACAGUCUGUGAGCUGUGGCAGGGACUCUGUGCCUCAUCACAUCCCAGGAGAGGUGCACCAGCCUCUUCCUUCAGCAGUAGCAGAGUGCGGGUCGAAGUGACCAUGGUCACUUUAGGCAGCACAGUGGCACAGCAGUAGAUUUGCUGCUUCACAGCACCAGAGACCAGGAUUUGUUCCUGACUACGGGUGCCGUCUGUACAGAGUUUGGACGUUCUCCGUGUGACUGUGUGGGUUUUUUCCCCGGCUGCUCCGGUUUCCUUCAACACUCCAAAGAUGUGCGGGUUGGUAGGAUAGUUUACUUCUGUAAAUUGUCCCUAGUGUGUAGGAUAGAACUAAUGUAUGUGGCGAUCACUAGUCGGUGUGGACUCAGUGGGUCGAAGGGCCUGUUUCCACGCUGUAUCUCUAAACUAACAGUCCCACGGCAUGGAGCUCCCCAGCGGGGCGGACCUGGCCUGUCCACCGCCCCUGCUCGUGGUAGCGUUGGCUUCCUGGUUGGGGCUGGGUGAGUGAACGACUGGAGAACUAAACCUUUAGACUUUACAGCGUGGAAACUGGCCCUUCAGCCCACCAAAUCCAGCGAUUUUGUUUAAUUUUUUUCUCCCCCACAUACACUAGCACUCUCCGACACACUCGGGACCAUUUACAAUUUGUAGAAGCCAAUUAACUUACAAACCUGCACAUCUCUGAAAUGGGGAGGAAACCAGAGCAGUUGGAGAAAACCCAUGUGGUCAUGGGGAGAACGUGCAAACUCUGUACAGACAGCACCCGGUCAGGAUUGAACCCGGGUUGCUGGCUUUGUAAGGCAGCAACUCUAUCGCUGUGCCACCAUGUUAAGGAGGCCCCUGCCCUUCUCUCCAGCACUGCUGCUGCUCUCAGUGUGAACAGAACACUGGGCCCUGCACGGACAGGACCUUCCCCAGAGCCACGGCAAGGUGCAGUAGAUGACUCCAGCUCCAGCCCCUCACCUCAGGAUCUCCAGCAAGGAGAGACUGCGGGCUUGGCAGCUGAGGGGGCGACCUUAAAGAGGUGUAUAAAAUUGUGAGUGGCAUAGAUAAAGUGUAUGGUCACAGAUUUUUUAUUCUCCAGAGUAGGGGAGUCUAAAACUAGAGGGCAUAAGUUUAAGGUGAGAGUGGAGGAUUUAAAGAGAACAUUUGUGGCAAUUUUUUCACAUGGAGGGUGGUGCGUAUAUAGAACAAGCUGCCGGAGGAAAUGCUGAGGCAGGUUUAAAAGAUAGUUGGUUGGGUACACGGACAGGAAAGGAUUGGAGGGAUACGGGUGAGGUACAGGCAAAUUAAUCUAGCUCCGGUAGGCAGCUUGGUCAGCAUGCAUGAGUUGGGCCGAAGGGCCUGUUUACGUGCUGUCUGACACUGGAGAGAUGGCCACCCCACCAGAAGUGGGCCAGUUGUCUGAGGGGGAAACACUCUCCUCCCUCCCUCCCCUGGCGGCUUGGUAGGCUGUGGGUUGCCCACAGCAAUCUUGUCUCCCUUCCCUGAGACCCGAGGGGUUGGGAAACCAACAGAGAGUCCACAGUCACUGCUCCCACCCCCACCCCAACCAGUGAUGCUGUCUGGGGGGGAGGGGGGACUCCACUCCAAAGGACAGGGACAGCUUGAGGAAGGCCUGGUGCAUCUGGGAUGAGGAAGGAUGUUGGAGAGGCCGGGGACUCCGGCCCUCACCCAGCCCGAGGGGUAAUGGCUGUCACUUGGAGGCCAAGACCACCCAUACUGAAACCCAGCACAGAGGAAUGCUCCCGACACCCAGCGAGGGGGGCAGGCGGGCGCGCUGGUGUGGAGCUCAGCCCGGCAUGGUCCCAGGUGUGGGACAGGGCCACAGCCCAGAGUCCACACCUCAGUGCCAACCUGGAACCAAAACCUCAGCUGGUUCGAGCAGCUCCAUUGUACGUGGGACAUGUUGGUACAUGGAGGUCUAGUCAGCCCAGCAACACAGGCCCCACGACACUGCCCACCGCUCCCCUGGCUGUUCUCACUGCGACACUGACAAAACGGAUGAUUCUGUCUCCUUCUGCCACGAUCACACUCUAUCCGUCUCUCACUGCCUCCCUUUCUCGUCACCUUCGCCCGCUUCCUCUGACUCUCUCACUUUUGCUCUCUGCUUCCUCUCCCCUCCCUGUUUCUCCCCACCCUCGCUCUCCUACCCCUGUCUUUCUCACCGUCUCCCUCAGUUUCUUCGCCCCCCCUCACCCCCAACAGUCUGACUCCACUUUCUCCUCAUCUUUCUCCCACGCUGUCUCCCUGCACUCUUUGCCCAUGCCAAUGUCCCCAGCGUACUCUCCCUGUCUCCCCGCAUUCUCUCUGCUGCUCACACUGCCUCAACUACACCGUGGUCUCGCCCCAUCUCACCAGGCUCUCUGCAGUGCGCUCUCCUUGUCUUGUGACGUGCUCACACCCUCCACAGUGUGGUCUCAUUGUGUCCCCACCCGCUCUCCACAUCUCUCGGCACUUUCCCUGUCUCCUCUUGCGCGCGCUCCCUCCAUCUCCACAGCUUGCACCCGGUUUCCCCAUUCGCUCUCCCUGUCCCACACACUCUACCCAUUGGCCCUACGUUUUCUCCCUCUCUCCUCCUGCCUCCACCUCUGUCUCUGGGGAAGGUUUGUGCCUGUAUGUGAUUCUCUUUGGACUGCUCUGUUUUUGUGUGUUAUUUUCACUGGCUGUAAUGACCUGAAUUGGAAAUAAAGUGGCCUGCUGUCUGUG